CAGAGACUAGAGAGAGGGAGAGCACAAAAGUGGAAUGAUGAUGAGGACGUUGAAACGCAGGAAAAGCACAAAGCUGAAACCAGAAAGCAGAGAAAGAGAAAGUGUGAAAAGGCCCUUUGCAUUUUGCAACAUCACACACACGCAUGUAGUGAGAGAGAGAGAGAGAGAGACUCAAUCCUUCGUUUCUGUAUAUAUAUAUGAUUUGCAAUAGCAGAGAGAGAAAAGGGGUUAAAAAUCCUUGGAUCCACAAAUCUUCUCUGUAGCUCUUCCAUACAAACACAAACACACACUCUCUCUCUCUCUGAGCUAGCUAUCAUUCCCACUUUUUCUCUCCUUUUUUUUUUCUUCCCUCACAAACUGAAGCUUGACAGCUCUUCUUAGCCUUUGUCUCACUGUGUGUUUCACAACCAAUGCUCUUAUUUUGAUCUCUCUCUGUCUCUCUCCCCUCCGUCUCCGCCGCAAUGGGUGCCCGUUGCUCCAAGUUCUCUCUCUGCUGGUGGCACUCUCACCUCAAACCCACCGUUCUCGAAUCCACUGAUCUCGAAAAUGGGGAUAAAAAUGACCGACACUCAUUACCUAGCUUCAGUGAGUUCAGCUUAGAAGAGCUCAAAGCUGCGACAAAUGGGUUUUCUUCGGAGAACAUUGUAUCAGAACAUGGAGAGAAAGCCCCAAACGUUGUUUACAGAGGAAACCUCGAUAACGAUCGGUGGAUCGCCGUUAAGCGGUUCCACAAGACUGCUUGGCCUGAUUCUCGCCAAUUCAUUGAGGAAGCAAGAUCUGUGGGGAGUCUGAGGAGUGAGAGAUUGGCCAAUCUGAUUGGAUGUUGCUAUGAAGGGGAUGAGAGAUUGCUUGUUGCUGAGUUUAUGCCCCAUGAAACACUUGCCAAGCAUCUCUUCCACUGGGAGAACCAGCCCAUGAAAUGGGCAAUGAGAUUGAGGGUGGCCUUGUACUUGGCACAAGCUCUGGAAUAUUGCAGUAGUAAAGGGCGCGCCCUGUAUCACGAUCUGAACGCUUACAGAAUCUUGUUUGAUAAGGAUGGCAAUCCUAGGCUAUCUUGCUUUGGCCUCAUGAAGAACAGCAGAGAUGGCAAGAGUUAUAGUACAAACUUGGCUUUUACCCCUCCAGAGUACCUGAGAACAGGAAGAGUGACUCCAGAAAGUGUAGUUUACAGCUUCGGAACCCUGCUUCUAGAUCUUCUGAGUGGCAAACAUAUUCCCCCAAGCCAUGCACUUGACCUGAUUCGUGGCAAGAAUUUCACUAUGCUGAUGGAUUCUUGUUUGGAGGGUCAUUUCACAAAUGAUGAUGAAACUGAACUGGUGCGGUUAGCUUCCCGUUGUUUGCAGUAUGAAGCUCGUGAGAGGCCCAAUGCAAAAUCCCUUGUUGUUGCUCUUAUGUCUCUUCAGAAAGAAUCAGAGGUUCCAUCAUAUGUUUUGAUGAGUAUCCCGCAUGGAACUGCCUCAAAACAGCCAUUGCUACUGACACCAUUGGGUGAAGCUUGCUUGCGAACGGAUCUCACUGCCAUACACGAAAUAUUGGAGAAGAUUGGAUACAAGGAUGAUGAGGGGAUUGCAAAUGAGCUUUCUUUUCAAAUGUGGACAAAUCAAAUGCAGGAGACCUUGAAUUCUAAGAAGCAAGGAGAUGCUGCUUUUCGAGCCAAGGACUUUGCAACUGCCAUUGAUUGCUACACGCAAUUCAUUGAUGGUGGCACCAUGGUAUCGCCAACCGUGUUUGCUAGGCGCUGCUUGUCUUUCCUAAUGAGUGACAUGCCACAAGAAGCUCUCGGAGACGCUAUGCAAGCCCAGACAGUGUCACCUGAGUGGCCCACCGCUUCCUACCUUCAGGCGGCUGCCCUCUUCAGCCUUGGGAUGGAUACUGAUGCUCAAGAAUCACUCAAAGAGGGCACAAACUUAGAAGCCAAGAGGAACAAAAAUUGAAUGUGUAUAGGUUGUUCUUUCAUUUUCUUUAUUUUUUGAUAAUCUUUUGCUCUAGUUUCUUGUAUCUAUCCUAAGUUUUCUUUUGCCAUUUUGGUUUUCUUGAUACAUCAAAAGAUAUUUAUUGUUUGGCCUUGAUUUUAAUUCCUUCAGCUCUCUUGAUCUGAGUGUCUGUUUUUAUGCACUACUGCAAUUAUAAGAAUCACAUUUUUCAUCUCUUCCUCAA